AAUCAGAGACAAGUGUACUUCACGCUGCGACUUUCAAAACGAAUCACAGACGUGAGAUCGAUUGUUCAUCGCGUUUUCGGUUUCAUGGAUUUAAUGUUGUAAAACCACUGUGGAAAGAUGUCUGGAAAAGUAAUACCAGUACGUGUUGCAUUGAGAGCAAGACCUUUGAUUCUAAAAGAAGAGAAUGAAGGAUGUCAGACCUGCCUCUGGUUUAAUUCGAAUGAGCCCCAGGUUGUGAUUGGAAAAGACAAAGCCUUUACAUUUGACUAUGUCUUUUCACCCAAAGACAAUCAACAGGAUGUUUAUGAAAAAGCAGUUAGAAAGCUUGUCAAAAAUACUUUUAAAGGCUACCAUGCCACUGUUUUGGCCUAUGGUCAGACAGGAAGUGGUAAGACAUACUCUAUGGGGGGAUGUUAUGAGGCCUCAUUAUCACAAGAUGAAGAAAUGAUGGGUAUCAUUCCUCGUAUCUUGAAGGAUCUUUUCAAGGGGAUACAAGAACGACCAGAUUGCGACUUUAAAGUCAGAGUUUCCUAUCUUGAGAUUUACAAUGAAGAUUUGCUGGAUCUCUUGUGCACGCCAGCUCAGAGGCAGCCACUCUCUAUUAGAGAAGAAAUAAAUGGGGAAAUAAAGAUUAAAGGUCUGAGAGAGAUGAAUGUUUCAACCCUAGAUGAAACACUUCAGUGUCUUGCACAUGGUGCACGUUAUCGCACUACUGGUGCUACAGCCAUGAAUGACACAUCUAGUCGGUCGCAUGCCAUCUUUACAGUGCAUGUUGAUUGUUCUAAGAAAGAUGAUGUAAAUGAUAGUUGGCAAGCCAAGUUUCACCUGGUAGAUCUGGCUGGAUCUGAAAGAGCAAAGAAAACUCGGGCCGAAGGAGACAGAUUUAAGGAAGGAGUCAAUAUCAACAAAGGCCUUCUGGCUCUUGGUAAUGUUAUCAGUGCCCUAGGUGAAGACACUGCAAAAAGAGGUCAUAUUCCAUACAGGGAUUCCAAAUUAACUCGUCUUUUGCAAGAUUCACUGGGUGGCAACAGCCACACUUUAAUGGUAGCCUGUGUGAGCCCCGCUGAUUCCAACAUGGAGGAGACACUAAAUACACUUAGAUAUGCAGACAGAGCUCGCAAAAUUAAAAAUAAACCUGUCAUCAAUCGUGAUCCACAGAGCGAUGAAAUAAUACGACUACGAGAAAUAGUUCAGUCUCUUCAGCUGCAACUUUUGCAGAGAGGAGGGGCAUGCAGUAAUGUGAAUUCAGAAAGUAGCCUGUUGAGCUCCAUCAGUACAGAGAGUCGAGAGGAGCUGACAAAACUUGCCGAGAGAGCCAAGCAGCUGGAGGAGGAGAACAUUGAGCUUACCCGUGAGCUGCAGUCUGCUGUUGAUCAGAACACACGCAUGUUUGGGAGCAUCAUACAGCUGGAAGCCUCUCGUGACCGUCUCAAAAACAAACUACGCUCAUUCAAGCAGGACACAGGUGUGGACUUCGAACUGCUGAGCUCUAGUCUGGAUGUGGAGAGCAACCCACAGAUGAAAGCAGAGCUGGAAAAGCUCCGAAAGCUCACUGAACAGGUCAAGGACAAUAAUGCAGACUCUGAUGAAGAUGCAGAUAUUGUAGAGGAGGAUGAAGAAGUACAUAUAGCAGAAAGAGAUACAGAGCAGGAUGCUGCACCUGACACUCCUGACUCGAGGGCUAUGAAUACCCGCCAUGCACUGCGUCAAGCUCAGAUGUCACGGGAGUUGCAAGAACUGAACCGUAUCCUAUCUCGCAAACAGGAACUGGCCAGCCAGAUGGACCGUUCUGAAGAGGAGAUGGCCACAAUGCGGGCCCACUAUGAAAAACUGAUGCAAGAAUGGGAAGGGAAAGUUAGCCAGCUCGAGAAGGAGAAAGAGGAACUGAGCAUGACUCUCUUUGAUGCUCGAACCAAUGCAAAUGCAACCAAAGUCAGUGAGCAGCGGCGUAAACGACUGCAGGAGCUGGAACAGGAAAUGGCACAGCUGAAGCGAAAAAUGGCAGAUCAGGCCAAGAUCCUCAAACUGAAGGACAGUUCUGAGAAGCAUGUGUCUCGUCUCAAUGUAGAGAUCCAGAGCUUGAAGCAGCAGCGGGUCAAGCUUAUGAAGCAGAUGAAAGAAGAAAAUGAUGUAUGGAGACGAUGGAAACAACAGAAAGACAAGGAAGUGCUACAGCUUAUGCAAAAAGAUCGUAAAAGGCAAGCUGAAUUAGCUAAACUGCAGCAAACGAAUGAAAAGCAACAAAGUGUGCUCAAACGCAAAGUAGAAGAGGCUGCUGCAGCCAACAGACGCCUAAAGGAGGCUUUGUCAAGACAAAAGGCUGUGCUAGCAGAGCGUAGUACAAAAAUGGACACUUGUGAUGCAACUUCCAUUGGCAACCGUGUUCGUAAAUGGCUCAGUCAUGAACUGGAUGUUCGAGUAAGUCUACGUGAAGCAAGAUACCACAUGGAGGCCCUCAUGGCUGAUCGCAAAGAACUCAGUCAACAGAUGAGGCACCUGAAAGAAAGAAUAGGAGAAGCAUCACCAUCUAAGAAAUACUUAUGGAUGGAUGACAGUGGGUCUCGAGGAGAAAAAAGCUUUGAAGAGGAAGAGAUAAGAAAGCAAAUUGAAGUGCUAGCUACAGAGAUUGAACUAAGAAAUGUGCAGAUUCAAGACCUUCAGCAGAAAAUAUGUGAUGCUGAUCAAGAAAGCAAAGGAAAAUCUGUGUGGGAAGGUUUGCACACCAUGAUGGAGGCCAAGUGUGCCUUAAAGUGGUUGUUGGAUCAGGCUGUGGAUGCCAAGGCUGAGCGUACCACACUUCAAGGAGAAUUAAAGGACAUACACCAAAUGUCAGAGAGCAACAAAGAAGUGGAGCAGGAACUGUUGACAAAAAUCAAGCGGCUGCAGAAAGUGCAUGAAGAAGAACUUAUGCAGCUCAGGAAAGAACAUGAACAGAAGACUCUUCUUCUGCUGGGAGUUAAUCCCAAAAAGACAACAAACAACGCAAAUGACAAAACAUUGAAAGCAAAACUAGACAUUAUGGAGGCUGAGCUGGCCAAGAUGUCCUCCUUGUCUGACGAGCUUGAAAAGAAAAAGGAAGAGUGUGAAGAACUGAAACGGCACAUGACAGGACUGAUGUAUGAUGGCAAGCUUGCUUUAAUGCCUAGCAUUGAUGAUCCUCAUGCAUCACCAUUCCUCACCCCCAGGCCUAAAUUGCAGGCUAAACAUAAAAAUGCACCAGGAAAAGUUUUUCAGCCAGAAACUCCAAGUGGGUUUACAGACUUAGAGUCAGAAGAGGAUGAUGAAAGGAAUGACCCAAGCUGGAAAGUAUCUUCUGCUGUCGCACGUAACCUACCAAAGAGAUCCUUCUCCUCCUCCUCUCCUGUGGAUGUAAAGGAAACUGUGAAACAAAACGGUGUUCUUGCUCCAAGAACAAUCGUCACUGUAACAGUGGCUGUGCCUGUGACCCCAGUGGUUGUGUCAACAAAGUCUUAGAGGCUGCUUCCACCAGCAGCAGCAUCCUUAACAGCACAUUCUGUGUAGAUAGUCAAAAUUCUAAAGAUAGCGACGACACCUUAGACAGCAAAGCUACUAAAGAAAACAUCAGACCUAGAAUGAACUCCAAAAGCAAGCUACUUGACAUGACAUCAGAGGUUUGUAGCUCAGGGAAGUUCGAGAAACCAGAAGGCGAGUCAGUUCAGCGAAAUAAACGCAGCGGGGAAAUUGAUUUGCAGUUUCCAGGCCUUGAAGAGCCCCUCCAGGGAUUAGGGAUGAAACGGAAAAAGAAGAUGAUGAGUAGCAAUGUCAGCUACUUUGGUCCUCUGGCAUGAGGGCUCAUGUCCUUCAACUAUUCAAGAGCAGAGGACCUACUGUUCAUGAAACAGUGAAAUGAAAUAUACUUUAUGGUAUAAUCACAUGGUAGGUGGUGUGCAAUGAGAAAGGAUUUGAGAGAUUGUAUAUAAUAGACUUGUACAGACUUCAUAGUAAUGAUGCCUGUACAGAGGUUGUAAUAAACUUCAAAAUCAACUUGGUGAUUGAAGGCAGACUGUUAUGCUAUUGUUUGCAGUGUUGUUGAUGGAGUUUCCACUGAAACAUACUUUUAACAUGGUACAAAUAAAGAGUGAGUGAAUGAGAGAGGAGUACUGGAGUUGAGAUAAUAGAGGGAAGUACAGAAAGAGAGAAAGCACCAUGGGAGAAGAAGCAAAACUGCCUCAUUCCAGAAAAAUAGCUAUUUCAUGGCAGCUUUUCUUACAUUUUUUUUUUAUUAUUAGGAAAUGUGCUUAUUAUAACCAUAAAUUGACAUUUAAUUGUAUAGUUUAUCAUGAACUGAUUUUUUUUUUAUUCUAGUGUUCAAGUUACAAUUUCCCUCUUAAUCUUAUGAAUUGACAUUAGUUGUGUUAUUGUGCUGUGUGCCAUCUGCUUAUUCUACAAUGUAUUACCCAUAUUAUGCUUGCAACCAAUAUAAAUCUUGGUCAUGGGGUCUUGCUUGGUCAUUUGGAUUUAUGUAGUUGCUCUUUUCUGUAGCAUAUGCUUACUUUCAUUCUAUUACACAAGGCAAGGGUUGUGAUUUGUAUAUACUGUUUGUUUCAUAACAGGUCAUGAAAUUUUAAUUCAUAUAUUUUUGUGGACCAGGCAUUUUAUGUUUACUAAUGCACAAAAACCAAUGGAAGAGAAAGAGAGUAAGUCAGGAAGCAGAAUACUGUUUUUUGUACUCAAAUGCUUAAGAAAACAGGAUAAGAAUUCUGCAAAACAUUUGUCAUUAAAACAAAUGCAAUUGUA